UGUUCAGGGUUUGCGUAUUGGCGGCCCCCUGGAAGGUCCGCGUGAUCUUCCGCAAGUGAGCCCCGCGAGUCCGGGGAGGGGGCUGGCGGAAUCCAAGAAAUUUUCUUUGGACGCUGAGUGUUUCGCGGGGCAGGUGAGGCGGUAGGAUCCCCGCGAUUUAGCUUCGACGUACAUUGGCCUCUUCUGCGAUCACAUCCUCUCCUCCUGUGCACCGUUAUUAGCGCGCAUCCCUCCAAGGCACUGGGCAAAUUUCCACCUGCCUUUGCUUAUGAUGUUCUCUCGAUUUCCAUUGCUGCCCUUAUCCACCGCGCAUGUGCCCAUCUUAAAAGACAUAAAGCAGAGUCACUGUAAUUAUUUGUAACGUCAACUUAGCAGUCUAGUUAUAUGAAAUUAUGGCUGGUUAUAAGCCUGCAGCUAUUCAGACAUAUCCUGUACUCGGUGAAAAAAUCACCCAAGACACACUGUACUGGAACAACUAUAAGACCCCUGUUCAAAUCAAGGAGUUUGGUGCAGUGUCAAAAGUAGAUUUUUCUCCACAGCCUCCAUAUAAUUAUGCUGUCACAGCUUCCUCAAGGAUUCACAUUUAUGGCCGGUACUCUCAAGAACCUAUAAAAACUUUUUCUCGAUUUAAAGACACGGCAUACUGUGCUACUUUUCGUCAGGAUGGUAGACUCCUUGUGGCUGGCAGUGAAGAUGGUGGAGUUCAGCUUUUUGAUAUAAGUGGGAGAGCUCCCCUCAGGCAGUUUGAAGGUCAUACUAAAGCAGUUCAUACAGUCGAUUUUACAGCUGACAAAUAUCAUGUGGUCUCUGGGGCUGAUGAUUAUACAGUUAAAUUAUGGGAUAUUCCAAACUCCAAAGAAAUUCUGACAUUCAAAGAACAUUCUGAUUAUGUGAGGUGUGGAUGUGCUAGCAAACUGAAUCCAGAUCUGUUUGUAACAGGGUCAUAUGAUCAUACUGUGAAGAUGUUUGAUGCACGAACAAACAAGAGUGUGAUCUCUGUUGAGCAUGGGCAGCCAGUGGAAAGUGUCCUGCUUUUUCCCUCUGGAAGUCUUCUGGCAUCAGCAGGAGGCCGUUAUGUUAAAAUCUGGGACAUGCUGAAAGGAGGACAGUUGCUAGUGUCUUUGAAAAAUCAUCAUAAAACUGUGACAUGUUUAUAUCUGAGCAGCUCUGGACAGAGGUUACUUUCUGGGUCACUGGACAGGAAGGUGAAAGUAUAUAGCACGACUUCCUAUAAAGUAGUCCACAGUUUUGAUUAUGCAGCUUCGAUUUUGAGUCUUGCACUUGCACAUGAAGAUGAGACAAUAGUUGUAGGAAUGACCAAUGGAAUACUGAGUGUUAAACAUCGGAAAUCUGAAGCAAAGAAGGAUUCUCUUCCUAGGAGAAGAAGGCCUGCAUAUCGAACUUUUAUUAAAGGAAAAAAUUACAUGAAACAAAGGGAUGACAUUUUGAUCAACAGGCCUUCAAAGAAACACCUAGAAUUAUACGACAGGGAUCUGAAAAAUUUCCGGGUCUCCAAGGCACUUGACAGAGUCCUUGAGCCCAGUUGUACAAUAAAGACACCCGAGAUUACAGUUUCCAUCAUAAAGGAGCUAAAUCGAAGAGGAGUCCUUGCAAAUGCCCUUGCAGGUCGGGAUGAAAAGGAAAUAAGUCGUGUUCUUAAUUUUUUGAUACGGAAUCUGUCUCAGCCAAGAUUUGCCCCUGUUUUGAUCAAUGCUGCUGAAAUAAUUAUUGAUAUCUAUCUUCCUGUGAUUGGACAGUCACCUGUAGUCGAUAAAAAGUUUUUGUUACUUCAAGGACUUGUAGAAAAAGAGAUUGAUUACCAAAGAGAACUACUAGAAACCUUGGGGAUGAUGGAUAUGCUUUUUGCUACUAUGACAAGGAAAGAAAGCACUUCGGUUCUACAGCAUGCAUCUGAUGGAUUUCUAGAAAACAAGAAGAUGGAAUCAUAGUGUCUGCUUAAUGAGACCUAUAAGAACAACUAACUUGAAAUAGAUUUGAUUCUAUUAACUAUUGGAAAGAGAAUCUCUUUCUGAUACAUUAAAAAACAAAAAACUAUUCACAGAAGCAGUUUUAUGGAAGAGACGAAUAUCUAGAAUUGGAGAAUAAGGACUUGUUUUAAGACAUGGUUUUCCAUGUAAUACUUUGAAUUAUUUCAUGGUAUCUUCGGCUAGAAGAUCUCAGUUGUCUUGGUCAUAGUAUAUUGUCCACCUUGGACAAAGUGAUAUUAAUUUUAAUACAGCAAAGUUCUGUAUCAACAUUUAGGUAGCUAUUCAGAACUCUGGAAUGGGUUUCAACUGGGAAUGCUAACAAAGGGACAGGGCUUUAUUUUUUUAUUUUUUAAUCCUUUUAAAACAAAAGAAAUGGCAAAAGCAAAUAAAUUUUCUCUUCACUCUGAUCACUGUGGGAUUUCCAUACCCUUGCUAAUCUUGCCUCCCUCUCCUUGAUGUUUUCAUUUAUCUGAGGUCACAUGUUCUACCUCCGCUUGUAAUGGGAGUACAUCGGCCCCAAAUGUGACAAAUCAGUGGCCAGCUUUGAACAGUUGAACUCUGAACUAGUUAGACAUGUAUUCAAAGAGUGUGCUGAGGCAGAUUUGAUACCUGAAAGUUGUACUCUCCCAGUUUUUUUCUUCAUUCCUUUAAUCUUGACCGUCCUCAUCAGAACAAGGUCUACAUACAGGUAGACCUUAUUGGACCAUGUUUCUUUUCCUUUUCGAGAUGCAGCUUUUCUACCCAGUUUUCAACUUGCUUCAGGUCAGAGGAGUGAUAAAAUUUGCCAUUUUUCUCAUAAUAAAUAGCCUUUCAACCUAGUAUACAUAUGGUUGGAGCUUAUCUUAUAGCUCCCCACCCUUCUGUAAACCAUUUUCUGUAAUCGGUAUUUAGGUUUUGUUUCUCUAAUCUCCAUAAUCUUGUGUUUUAGAACUGGAAGCUAGAGUAGCUUGUUUUGAAAAAUGGUUGUUUUUUUAAAGGACAAUAUAAAUCAUAUUUUUAUAAAGAUAUUCUUAUUUUCUUCUUAUCUUUCUGAGAUGUAUGAAUUCCUGAUGGAUAGUCACUGGCUACUGACUGUUAGGUCACUGAUUUCACAUUUGCUACCUCUCCCAACUUCUCCCAAUCCUAUUCCACCUCAAGUAGUUAAUUAUCUAAGGAAACAUUGCUUGUGGUAGAAGAACCCUUAGUGAAAGGGAGAUUCUGUAAUGAGAGUCUCCUCUUAAAAUUCAGUUCUACGAAUUUAGAUUUCUUUUUAAGGCAGACAGAAAUAUUUCUGUGGUCUGGAAGGGGCAUGUGCUAAAAAAUAGGGUCCAGUUUCCCUUUUCUAAAUUGAUUUAUGCAAACCUACAGCACAGUGGCUUAUAAGAAACCAGGAGUUUGCUUCCCUGAGUAGUUAUGAGAUUAGAGACAGUAAGAAACUUGGUCUUCAUGUUGAAAAUGCUAAUUUAUUUAAAUAAAUUCUGUAUUUAAAAGCUUUUGAAAAUAUUUAAUUUUGUAAGUCUGUUGGUAAUUUGUAUACUAGUAAAAAUUAGAAGUUGAAAUUCUGUCUAAAACUGGCUGCCAACAAGUGUGUAACAUGUGACAAGGGUUUUCCCAUACAUUAUUUUAAUCGAUUCUCAUCACAGCUCUCCAUUGUUAGUGUUCUCAUUUAAUGCUGAAUAAACUACAGUGAUAAGCCCACA